AUGAGGACUGCUAUAAAGGUCCUCCAAUCCAACUUCUAUUGGUCCACAUUAUUCAAGGAUGCUUACGACUUUUAUAAGUCAUGUGAACAUUACCAAUGCAAUCGGAAAAUAUCAAAGAGAAAUGAGAUGCCAUGGCAUAAUAUUUUGGAGGUUGAGCUCAUCGAUGUAUGGAGAAUUGAUUUUAUGGAACCCUUCCCAACAUCUUUUGGUUAUCUAUACAUCCCCUUGGCUGUGGACUACGUCUCCAAAUGGGUGAAAGCCAUGGAAACACCUCGCAAUGACUCCAAGAGGGUUUCGAAGUUCAUGCACAAAAAUAUAUUCAUGCGUUUUGCAGUACCACGAGCAAUUAUCUACAAUGAAGGCACUCACUUUGACAACAAAUUAAUUGCAAAGGCACUGCAAAGAUACAGGGUGCACCAUAAAAUUGCCACGACAUAUCAUCCCCAGAGCAAUGGGCAAGAUGAGGUUUUAAAUCGUGAGAUCAAGCAAAUCCUUGAGAAGGUGGUCAACCCUAAACAAAAAAAGUUAGCCACCAAAGCUGAAUGA